AGACAUCAGACAGAGAGAUCAUGACCUGUAUUCAUUAGGAAUCCUAUUGUUGGCAUCAGUAUAUACCAUGUAAUAUAAUUUGUUAGGAUAUGAAAGGCAAAAGUUAAUUUAAGAACAUCCCUCUUGCUAUAUGAAAUAUAACACUUGAUCUGUGUUGUAGAUAUAGAUUUUCUUAUCUUAAUGCUAAAUACAGUUUGAGUUGCUUGGUGGACAACUGCCACAAGACGUUCAAUGAAAUAAAAAAUAUACUGUAUAAUUUACUACUAGCAUCACCAAAGACAAAAAAAUAAUAUUGUCUUAAAACAGUUGUCCUGAUGAAUCCCCCAUUUGCCAUUAGUUACAUUAGUCACAUUAGUUUUAAAUUUAGUUGUCAUUGUAUAUUAAGCUGGAAUGGGAAAAAAUAUUCAAACACAAAAAGGACAUACUUUAGCUUUAAAGGAAUUGAAAAUGAAAAACACUGUUGGCACAUGGCACAUUUCUCGUCACUAUAGAUGUCACAGUGAUAUUCAGUGUUAUUAAUUUUAAAUUUGCUGUGCUGAUCUGUAUGUUUGAAUGGACAUGUAAAAAAUCUAUCGCUAAAUUUAUUUAUUUACCAACUGGAGUCAAUUGGAUGGAGCUUCGCCAGGUGUAUACUGUAAGAAGAUACUACGACUGCAUUUUAGUAUAAAAAUUAUUUGUGUUAAACUGAAGCAAGGAAGUUAUAUACAUCUGGGAAGGCAUGAGGGUGAGUAAAUGAUAUUUUAUAUUUCUUUUAAGAGUAUUCAUCUUCAAGGGUGUCAACUGUAUUUAAGAAAUUUUUAUUUCUUAGAAAGCAAGGUUCUUUUCUUUUGAUCUGUUCCCAGAUAGCACAGCUUCUAUGUAUGCUAAAGAUUUGGAGAUUUGGAAAACAUCAGCUGAGUAAAAAUCAUAGGAAGAGCAGUUUUACAUACAUUCUAAACCAUAAACAUCUUACAGACAUCUUCUAGAUGUCUAUGACGUGAUCGGACAGAAGACAUCUCUUCUCUUCUUCCUAAAAGAAUUCGCAACUCCUUUAGGAGGUGGCUGUAACAAGGAAGGCGGGACGAGAGCCGUGAGGGAACCGGCGAAUGUUAAACCAAACUAUAAUAAAAUAAACAAACAACAAAACAAAAGUAAAGGGCCGACAGCACCCUCACGGUCGACUGCCGGCCACACAAACAUAAUAAAGCAUAACAUAAAAUCCAGGCCUGGUUCUCUCUCGUCCUUCACUGCUGUCGCUCCUGCUUUUAUGCUUCCGGAGCUCCUCCGUGAGAGAUGCAAGACUGGUGCAACGCGUCGUUCCCUCAUGGCCCUCGUCCCGCUCUGCUCGUCACGGUAGCUAAUUCGUAUGAAUUUGUACGAUCUCAUUUGUACGCUUUAGUAUGAUUUGUUUUCGUGCCAGUGACGGUGUAGGUGUGGGGUUAGGGAGAGGCUUAUAAUUCACUCACUGAUCACAAUAACCCCUGCACAAUUUGAUGUCAUUUAUCCCCAAAUUCUUAAAAAUAUAUAUACAACGUUCAUUAUGAUAUUUCCUGAUUAAAAUGAAAUGAUGUUUUCCCUCGCAGUUCCCGCAAAAGUGAUAAUGUUCAAACAUGUCCGGCACAGAUCGCAAUCAUCAGAAGCAUUCUCGACACCCACACAUUCCGUUCCACCUGUACUAUACGAUGGCACCAUUCCAGUCAUUCCUUCCUCACCUGAACCAACCGGUUCACAUGCGCUAGAUCAAUGUCUCCUGCCACAGAUCCCAGACAAGGGUCCACAGUAAAGAGUGUGCUGAAAAGAUGUCUAGAUGGUGCAUGUGCGUCAGUUUGUUUGCGUGCGUUACGCAACCGCUACACAACACUUUCCUGCGUAAUAAAAACUUUUGCCGGUGAAAGAAAGAAUCUGACAGCAGGUCAUGGAGCAGUUUCCACCGAAAUUUAGUCAAGUUCUGGUGACACCUGACCCGCAAUACAUCCCAGGGUAUGCAGGCUACUGUCCUCAGCUGAAGUAUCAUGUAGGCCAGUCGUACGGUCAGUUAACAGCGAAGCUCCUGUCCUCUCCUGAGGUCUCUCACUCACAGAGGCUUGUGCUCCACACGGGACGCUUCCCAUCCACAGAAAACGAAACGGGACCCCGUGAUGAGAUCUGGAGGGGACGGCAUGGAGUGAACAGGAAACUGGAGAAAAUGAUACCAGGAUACACAGGUUUUGUACCAACGCGUCAAAACUACUUCAGCAAAACAUAUGCGGAAACCUGUCGAGAGGCUCUGUCACAAUUCAACCAGAAACAAGAGAGGAGGAUUCGUACAGCCUCUGCUGACCUGCCUUAUUCUGUCAACAACAGUGUCCCAGGAUUCAAACCAAGAAUGUUGAACACUCCUCUGACAGCAGUAUCUAAAGACGCUGCCCCCUACCAGUCCCCGGACCCCUGGAAGCCACAAGGCUCUCCGUACCUCAUGGAGGAAAGCAGCCCACAUAAGUAUUUCAUCUCAGGUUUUACUGGCUAUGUUCCCAAAGCCCGAUUCCUUAUUGGAACUGGAUAUCCCAUCAUCACCAACAAGGCACUGAUCCAGUUUGGCAAGGAAAUGAAGGCAGAUCAAAGCUCAUUCCGACUGCUAGAGGAGGAGACUACUGGCUUGCCUCUGAUCACCACAAUAUACCCCUCCAAAACAGGUCUUCUACCUUCCUACACAGGGCACAUUCCAGGAUACAGAUAUAAAUAUGGCCAAACAUUUGGGCAGCUUACCCAAAAUGCUCUGGGUCUUGUUGGUACACAGAGGAUGAAAAGUGGGGAAAACAGACUGAGCUGAAGAACCAG